AUGUCUACUAUCUACAUGCUAUUAGCAUGCAUAAAGAAAAUUCCAUGCCCAAAGACUAACAUACGUGUUUCCAUACUACUACUACUACUACUACUACUACUACUACUACUACUACUACUACUACUACUACUACUACUACUACUACUACUACUACUACUACUACUACUACUACUACUACUACUACUACUACUACUACUACUACUACUACUACUACUACUACUACUACUACUACUACUACUACUACUACUACUACUACUACUACUACUACUACUACUACUACUACUACUACUACUACUACUACUACUACUACUACUACUACUACUACUACUAUAUACUACUACUAUAUACUAUAAUAUACUACUACUACUAUACUACUACUACUACUACUACUAUACUACUACUACUACUACUACUACUACUACUACUACUACUACUACUACUACUACUACUACUACUACUACUACUACUACUACUACUACUACUACUACUACUACUACUACUACUACUACUACUACUACUACUACUACUACUACUACUACUACUACUACUACUACUACUACUACUACUACUACUACUACUACUACUACUACUACUACUACUACUACUACUACUACUACUACUACUACUACUACUACUACUACUACUACUACUACUACUACUACUACUACUACUACUACUACUACUACUACUACUACUACUACUACUACUACUACUACUACUACUACUACUACUACUACUACUACUACUACUACUACUACUACUACUACUACUACUACUACUACUACUACUACUACUACUACUACUACUACUACUACUACUACUACUACUACUACUACUACUACUACUACUACUACUACUACUACUACUACUACUACUACUACUACUACUACUACUACUACUACUACUACUACUACUACUACUACUACUACUACUACUACUACUACUACUACUACUACUACUACUACUACUACUACUACUACUACUACUACUACUACUACUACUACUACUACUACUACUACUACUACUACUACUACUACUACUACUACUACUACUACUACUACUACUACUACUACUACUACUACUACUACUACUACUACUACUACUACUACUACUACUACUACUACUACUACUACUACUACUACUACUACUACUACUACUACUACUACUACUACUACUACUACUACUACUACUACUACUACUACUACUACUACUACUACUACUACUACUACUACUACUACUACUACUACUACUACUACUACUACUACUACUACUACUACUACUACUACUACUACUACUACUACUACUACUACUACUACUACUACUACUACUACUACUACUACUACUACUACUACUACUACUACUACUACUACUACUACUACUACUACUACUACUACUACUACUACUACUACUACUACUACUACUACUACUACUACUACUACUACUACUACUACUACUACUACUACUACUACUACUACUACUACUACUACUACUACUACUACUACUACUACUACUACUACUACUACUACUACUACUACUACUACUACUACUACUACUACUACUACUACUACUACUACUACUACUACUACUACUACUACUACUACUACUACUACUACUACUACUACUACUACUACUACUACUACUACUACUACUACUACUACUACUACUACUACUACUACUACUACUACUACUACUACUACUACUACUACUACUACUACUACUACUACUACUACUACUACUACUACUACUACUACUACUACUACUACUACUACUACUACUACUACUACUACUACUACUACUACUACUACUACUACUACUACUACUACUACUACUACUACUACUACUACUACUACUACUACUACUACUACUACUACUACUACUACUACUACUACUACUACUACUACUACUACUACUACUACUACUACUACUACUACUACUACUACUACUACUACUACUACUACUACUACUACUACUACUACUACUACUACUACUACUACUACUACUACUACUACUACUACUACUACUACUACUACUACUACUACUACUACUACUACUACUACUACUACUACUACUACUACUACUACUACUACUACUACUACUACUACUACUACUACUACUACUACUACUACUACUACUACUACUACUACUACUACUACUACUACUACUACUACUACUACUACUACUACUACUACUACUACUACUACUACUACUACUACUACUACUACUACUACUACUACUACUACUACUACUACUACUACUACUACUACUACUACUACUACUACUACUACUACUACCACAGCAGUCAGUAUGCAAUUCGGAACCAGCUUACCAUAA